CCUGCUCCUGCCUUCUGACCUCACAGCCCCUGUCCCAGACCCUCUCCAGUGCCCACAGCCACACAUAAGUGUCAUGGACCUGCCACCCUUUGACAGGUGGAGAGACUACUUUAACCUGAGCCAGGUGGUGCUGGGUAUAAUUCAGAGCCGGAAGCAAAGACUGGAGGAUGAGGUGUCUGAGGAACUGGCCUCCAGGCCCCAAGGGAUGAGUGAGCGGGGCCUGGAGGUCUCCCCCGGAAGUUUGGCUACUGCAUGCAACUUUUGCAAGCACAACGGAGAGUCUCGUCACGUCUACACCUCACACCAGCUGAAGACGCCUGAAGGGGUGGUAGUGUGUCCCAUCCUGAGGCAUUACGUGUGUCCUCUCUGUGGGGCCACUGGCGACCAGGCGCAUACACUCAAGUAUUGCCCACUCAACAGCAGCCAGCAGUCUCUCUACCGUCGCAGUGGACGAAACUCAGCUGGUCGCAGAGUCAAGCGAUAAGUGAGGCCCUGUGAGGUACCUAUCACCCACGUCCCAGACCCUCCUUCUGAUCCUAGCACCCUCUGCUAUGCUCACCCAGCCCUCUGGAGGUCCCUGGAUCUUAACGUUCUCUGUGCCUUCAGGAUCCUGAAACAUUGGGAAAUACUGGCAGCCCAGACUGUGUCUCGGACAUGGUUACUGGGAGAACCAUUCUCCAUGGACCGUGUGACUCUUGGGUGGCUUCUUUUGGAUUAUGAGGGACUGGUGAUGACGCUAAGAUGGUCUCUUUGACUUCUCGGUUCCCCUGUGAAGAUCCCUUGGGGGAAUCCUUGGAUUUGCCAUCCUGUAGAAUUCUAGUCUGACGGGCCAGUCUUCAGAAUCUGGGGACAGGGCCAGAGACGGAUCCCGAUUGUCACUGCCAAGAAGUUGAUGCUGGCGCUGACUGUGAGACCAUCCAUCUAUCUUCACCUUCUUCAGCAUUGGCAGACUCAAAAUUUCUCCAUGGACCAUUCAAGUUCAGCCCUCAGUUCCGUGAUCGUGCCGUCUGUCCGAAAUAAGAGGGUUCAGGAACGAGAGGAGGGUCGGGUCAGGACCCCCUGGGAAGGCUGCCAGAUUAUUUGUAACCUCACAGACUGCUUCGGGUGAGCUCAAGCCCACAGAUCUCUCGCUUCAUUACUAACCCCAGUUCACUCUGUUCCUGCUCCCAGGCCCAGUCGUUGAUGGAUCCCUACCCCUCGACCCCUGUGGGUGAUAGACGUGUCUCUCUUCCACCUGUACAGUAUUGUUGAGUGUGUUAAGUCAGUGUGCGUCCCAUGGUGAGGAGAGUCUGAGACCUCAUGGGAAUGGCGACUGCUCAGGUUUUAAUGUUAGGGUCAGAAAAGAAUGCCAGUUGGGUUUUAUGCUGUGUAAGAGGUGGGCUUGGAUAGUGGAUGAGGAGUGGGUGCUGUCUCCUGAAUAAAGUGUUGUUGUUA